CUGUCGGGCCAUUCAUUCUUUCGUUCAAUUAUUGAUAUUGUUAUUGGUAUUAGUAUUAUUAUUGUUGUUGGUGGUAUUAUGUACUCUUUAUUUAUUUAUUUGUGUGUGUGUAUUUAAUUCAUUCUGGAUGUCAACUACUAAAAACUCUCAGACUGAGUCGUCAGUAUGUAUAGCCCACAUUAUUAACACGGUGUUCUCCUAGAGAACAUGACAAGCCCUUCUGUCAAUCUGCAUGACGCGCACGGUCCACGGGGCUGGGAAGAGCCUAUACGAAGGCAACUGACAUCAGGCACCGCAGCAGAGACAAGCUUGAGCAGAGCUAUAAAACCUCCGACCAACGCGCACUGUCCGCGUCACUGCGCGACAGCAACGGGGAGCAUCUCGACCGCAGGACAGAGCGCACUCGCUCCCGUCCCACACCAGCUCCGCUGCUCCCCGUCCCGUUGCCCCCAGUUUCACGGUAACAUGGAGGGCAAAUGCCCCGGCUCCUCCAAAGUUUUACUGGCCUACAAAAACGCAUCGCAGCACCUGAGUUCGGCGGGGAUCAAAGCGGGCCUGGGGAUGCUUAAAAUGGCCACGUCUCAGUGGAAACUGGACAAGAAGGCGCGUUCUGGAGCAACAGUAAGACCACUGUCCGCCGCAAACGGCAGCCACUCCUGCGGGACUUCCCCACUGGAUCAGCUGGCGGCUCUGGUGCUCCACGGUCAGCCUGGAAACCUCCACCCGGAGCGCCGACAGGACGCGCUACACGCCGCCAAGCCGCAGAACUGUAAGCGCAUCGUGGUCCUCGGUGCCCCGCGCGUGGGUAAAACGUCCAUCCUCCGGCGGUACCUGCGGGACGGCUUUGUGGAAGACUACAACCCCACUUCCGAGGAUUUCCUCCGAAAACUGUUCCGUAUCCGCGGAGAGACGUACCAGAUAGACGUCCUGGACGCGUCUAGGGAGCGGGACUUUCCAGCCAAGCGGCGCCUGUCUAUCCUGACCGGAGACAUUUUCCUCCUAGUGUUCAGCGUGGACGACCGCCGCUCCUUCGAGGAGGUGUGCGCCCUGCGAACGGAGAUUCUGGCUGCGAAAUCCAAACUGACCAAACCGUCGCCGGAGCAGCGCGCGCCGCCGCGGGUUCCGCUGGUGGUGUGCGCCAACAAGGUGGACCUCCUGGCGGGCGACAGAGAGGUCUCCAGGGCGGAGGUGCUGCGGGCGCUCGGUGACGACUGCGCUUACUUUGAAACCUCGGCGAAGGACAGCACCAAUCUGGACAAACUCUUCGAGACUCUGGCGAAGCGAGGCGGACUUCCGGCCGAGACGGGACCGUCUCAGCACCGCAAAGUGUCGCUCCGCUCCUACCAGGCGAUGCGCGCGGCCGGCGUGGCCGCGAGAGGGAGCAAGGCGCCGGGGCGCGACGACCCCUGCGGCGCCCUGUACCCGCUGGCUCGGCGACCGAGCUUCAGUACGGACCUCCGACAAGUCAUCGGACCGCACACGGCCAGAAAGUCCGGCAAAGCGCUGGACAAGUGUCAGAUUCAGUGACAGGCACAAGACUGCGAGGCCGAGUGUUGACAAACAAACAAUCUUAACCAUCUUCAAUGAGACGAUGAUGUUUACUGUACCUUCUGUAAAUAUAAUGCAUUGACAAUGUUAUUACACGACUUUCAAAAAAAUCUUUGCAAGAAAAUCUUUAUUUUGUGUCUUAUACUGUCUGUCUAUGUAUCUAUUCCAUCCAUCCGUCCGUCCGUCCAUCCAUCCAUCCAUCCAUCCAUCCAUCCACCCAAUCAUCCAUCCAUCCAUCCAGUGUCUUCUACUGUACCACACACUGUGAAGCUGAAAGUGGGAGGAUGUUGAGUCAGGAACUAGACUGUUUGAUUGUUGUAUGACCAUUGCAUAACAUAUAUUCAUAAAUCUAUUAGAUGGCCCUUUCUCCCACCCACACCUUUCCUCUCUUCCUGUGUGUUUGUAUUUUAUUCUGGAAUCGUGAUUGCCAGAGUCCCACACAUUAAAGAUUAAAGGCCAGGUUUCCAGCUGGCAGUUACCCUGUCAUCCUA